AUGGCCAGCCUCAUGAAAUGUGGUCCCAGAGAUAUCUGUGAGGGGGUAUUAAGUGUUAUGUCAACAAAUCCAAAAAACGUCUUCAUUGUCAAAAGUGUGUGGUCAAAAGCAGCGUUGGUGAUAGGAGAGACCAGGAGAGAUUCAUGGUUCAAUGCCAAAAACGAAAUUGCCGCAGGAUCAGCCGGAUAUUUAAGCCGUUGGGAGGAGAGGUAUGAGUCCCAAAUGCAAUAUAUGGAUCGAUUGGUUGGUCAGUUGGGAGCAAACUCUUGGGUGGCUCACCGGCACGGCACACAAGACCAAAGCCGAGUGAUUUUUCAUGGGGAUGGGCAGUUCCAGGUUGCACUCUAUAACAUUGUUCAUAUCAAAAUCACUGGUCACAUAGAUGAAUUCUUCAAUACUAAACAAGUGUUUGGAAGAAUCGUCAUUUGA